AGAAACUCGCCGCUAUAUUUGGGUAGCCAAACAUGUCAGCCCACUUGAGCUCUAGCAGGGUAAAUUUGUCGAUUUUAAGAGAAUCUGCUCGAAGAGAACUGCUAGAAUGUCUUGACAAAUGCAUAGGCACGAAGGCAGUAAUAUGGGAUGAUAGCCUUACUGGCCCAUUUGGAUUGAUUGCAGAGUAUGCUUUGCUCAAAGAUCACGAUGUCACAAGAAUGUUCCCUCUCACAUUCGGAAAACUGCAGCAAACCAAUGUCCAAAACAUCAUCUUCAUCGUGCAGCCAAAGCUUGCACUGAUGGAGAUAGUUGCGGAUAAUGUUCGCAAGGAGGAGACAGCUCCUGGUCCCAAGAAGGAGUUCCACAUGUUCUUUGUUCCUCGGAAAACAUUGCUGUGCGAACGUAAGCUACAGGAGUUGGGAGUGUACGGCACUUUCAAAACAGUCGACGAAUACUCUCUGGAGAUGUUUCCGUUUGACAGUGACCUUCUUUCCAUGGAAUUGGAGGGUUCAUUCCGGGAAUGUUGCAUACAUGAGGACUACACAUCAUUGUACAAUGCUGCAAAGUCACUCAUGACUCUUCAAGCUCUUUAUGGUGUUAUUCCUUACAUACAUGGAAAGGGUCAGUGGGCAAAGCACGUUUGUGACAUGAUGCUAAGGAUGCGGCGAGAGCUGGGAGGCAGCGAGCCACAGAUCGUGCCUCAGAUCGACUCUCUGCUGCUGCUGGACAGAACCGUCGACCUGCUUACUCCACUCGCAACACAGCUCACGUACGAGGGACUGAUUGACGAGAUAUUUGGCAUCAAAAAUACGGUUGUUCAGCUGCCGAUGGAAAAGUUCUCGUCAGCAGAUGUGCACGGUGGUGCCUCUGCCAUGGUGCCCGAACCAAAGAAAUUCAUUCUGAAUUCUCUCGAGGAGCUUUAUGCUGAUAUACGGGACAGGAAUUUCAAUGCAGUCGGGCAAGUGUUGAGCCGCAAAGCCAAAGCUAUAUCAGCUCAGUUUGAGGAGAGACACGGAGCAAAAACCGUUGGUGAAAUAAAGCAGUUUGUCUCCAAACUUCCACAUAUCCAAGCUGCGAAGGAGUCGUUGGCAAACCAUACCUCCAUUGCUGAACUAGUAAAGGAAGUGACAGACACAGACGAAUUUAUAGAGGCACUACAUACGCAACAAGAGUUCAUGAAUGGUUUGGAAACAGAUAAAAUUCAUCCAUUUAUCGAGGAUUGCAUAGCAAAGCAGGAGCCACUGACUAAGGUACUACGGCUGCUCUGCCUACAGUGUGUGGCUAACAAUGGUUUCAAACAGAAGAACCUGGAAUACUACAAAAGAGAAAUCUUGCAGACGUAUGGAUUUCAGCACACAUUGACACUUUCAAACUUGGAGAAAGCUGGUCUCCUCAAAGUGCAAACAAACCGAACUUAUGGAGCAAUACGCAAGGGCCUUCGACUUAUCAUCGAGGAUGUCAGUGAACAGAGUCCGACCGAUGUAUCAUACGUGUAUAGUGGCUAUGCUCCAGUGUUGGUCAGGUUAGCGCAGUUUCUUGCAAGGCCUGGCCAGGGCUGGAGAACCAUAGAGGAAGUCAUGGAUCUGCUGCCAGGACCCAAGAUAGAAGUCUCUCAGGAAAUACCCACUGGAUUGAAAAAAAAGCGUGGUUCUGUAUCAUCUCUACAAAGUGAAGAAGACAAGAAGAUCAUGUUGGUGUAUUUCCUCGGUGGCGUCACCUAUGCAGAGAUUGCUGCACUGCGGUUUCUUUCCCACCAAGAAGACAGUUCUACUGAAUACAUCAUUGCAACGACAAAGAUCAUCAAUGGAGACACUUGGCUCGAUUCAGUAUCUGAGACUAUUCCAACGAUUCCUAUAGCGGACCUACGCCGGUGAUCCGAGUUCGUCCAAGCUACAGACACAUUCCUGUUCCAUCUUAGAUGUGUGCCCCUGUUAUAUAUGGUACCUGGGUGAGCCAGAAAUCAUGUGUGAAAUCAUGCAAAUAAUUGCAUUAUUAGCUGUAUAUGAUUGGAAGAGAAUAAAUAAAUUGUUGGCUAGGUAGUUUCAAGUUUUUGGCUUCUACAUGUGCGUUCGUGUGCUUGCCAAAUGUAUCUUAAAUAUAAUAUCCAACUGUUCUAUGCAUGCUACAUGCAGAAAUUUAUCUUAUAUUGUGACUGUACGUAUUAUUACAUACUACCAGGAGUGAAUAAUAAUAGAUUAGUGAUAAUAAUAAUCUAUUAUUAUUCACUCCUGAUCCUAUGUAUAAGUUACGUACGUAAUGUAUACAUACGUAAUACGUGUAUGUAUUAUUACAUACUAUACGCAUUAUUACAUCAUCUUAUUUCGUCAUUGUGUGCUGCAUAACACUUUGAGGCUUUAUGGAUGUUGCUAUCACUCAACUUGUAAAAUAAAUUUGUUGUGAAACAUGUAAACAUUC